CAGUUGAAAUAGUAUUUGAUAGAAAAGGUUGUUCGUUGGGAUUUGCAGAGAAAAUGUAUACUAAGAGCUUCUCUCUCAUUUUAUCAUCUCCGCUUAUCGUUGACUCUCCUUCUUCUUCUUCUUCUUCUUCUUCUUCUUCUUCUUCUUCUUCUUCUUCUUCUUCCUCUCUCGCCGUCCCUUGCUUCUUCUCUCCGACUAGUCUUAAACCAUCAAGCGCCAGUCUCCCCGCGACGUAUUUCCACAGGUACUCUCAUCCUCGGAGUCUAACGUCUUCGCUCGCCGCCCUAAUGUCUCCGGAAAACUCGGUUCUAUCAGAUGUCUGCGCUACAGGAAUCUCCGGCGUCGUCGCGUUCUCGUGCCUCGGUUUCUGGGGAGAGAUUGGCAAGCGUGGCAUCUUCGACCAGAAACUUAUCCGGAAGCUUGUGCACAUAAACAUUGGCCUUGUUUUUAUACUUUGCUGGCCACUCUUCAGUUCUGGACUCCAAGGAGCCCUCUUCGCUUCUCUUAUACCUGGACUCAAUAUUAUAAGGAUGCUUCUCCUGGGCCUUGGAGUCUACCAAGACGAAGGAACUAUCAAGUCUAUGAGCAGACACGGAGAUCGCAGGGAACUACUUAAGGGACCGCUUUAUUAUGCACUCUCGAUCACAUCGGCAUGUAUCUUCUAUUGGAAGACAUCCCCAAUAGCCAUUGCAGUGGUGUGCAACCUCUGCGCAGGAGAUGGUAUGGCUGAUAUUGUUGGGAGGCGUCUUGGAACAGAGAAGCUUCCUUACAACAGAAACAAAUCAGUAGCUGGUAGCAUUGGGAUGGCCAUCGCAGGGUUCUUAGCAUCUGUUGCGUAUAUGUACUACUUUGCUUCGUUUGGUUACAUCGAGAAUAGCGGGUGGGAUAUGAUUCUUCGCUUCUUCAUCAUCUCUGUAGCAUCAGCUCUUGUGGAAUCACUCCCUAUAAGCACUGACAUUGACGACAAUCUCACUGUUUCCUUAACCUCUGCCUUGGUCGGUACUCUACUCUUCUAAUAGUAACACCGGCUCUCUUGCCAUGUAUCAUCAAAUACAGAGUCAUCGAGCUUGAUUGCCUCUGUGGAGUAAAACUCAGUAAAAAAACAUUUUACAUUUGGUAAAGUCUAAAAAGAA